ACACGCUUCAAUUUCAUCUUCAACCCGUUUUCUUUUGGUCAUUCUUCCAUUUGCUCAUUCUCCAACUCGGCUAUUCCCAUGGCUGCCCAAGAUCCCCACCAGCUUCACUUCAUCUUCAUUCCUUUCUUGGCCCCUGGUCACAUGAUCCCCAUGAUCGACAUGGCCGGCUUGUUCGCGAAGCGGGGUGUGAUCGCCACCGUCAUCACCACAACCGACAAUGGAGCUCGGUUCGAGGCAGUAAUCAACCGAGCAAUGGAAUCCAACCUCCCGUUUCGACUUGUACAAGUCCGUUUUCCAUCCCAAGAAGUGGGAAUGCCUGACAGGAUUGAGAACGUCGAUUCUAUUGUCUCGAGAGAAUCGGGAAAGGGUUUCUUCGAUGCGCUUGAGAUGCUACAACAACCAAUAGAAAAGUAUCUUCAAGAACAUCUACCCCGCCCGAGCUGCAUAAUUUCAGACUCUUUUUUCCCAUGGACAUGCGAAACCGCUCAAAUGUUUCAGAUUCCGAGGAUUGUUUUCCAUGGGAUGUGUUGCUUCUCUCUCCUCUGUAUCAAAAACGUGCUUCAUUACAAGUCCCACGAAGAUGUCGCCUCCGAAUUUGAACCUAUCGCUGUGCCGGGCUUGCCCCAUCGAAUUGAGAUCCCGAAAUCCCAGCUGCCAGAAAGUGUUGCCAACAAUUCGGGUUUUCAAGAAAUAAGUGAAAAAGCCAGAACAGGUGAUUCGAAAUCUUACGGUGUGGUGGUGAACAGUUUUAACGAAUCGGAUAAUGAAUACGUUGAGUACUACCAGAAGGCAACGGGAAAGAAGGUGUGGACCAUCGGACCAGUAUCUCUAUAUAACAAGGAGAUGUUGGAUAAGACAGUGAGAGGGAACAAGACCUCCAUCAAUGAGCAUGAAUGCUUGAGUUGGCUUGAUUCAAGGAAACCCAAGUCAGUUGUUUAUGUUUGUUUUGGAAGCAUAUGUCGCCUCACCCAUUCGCAGUUGAUACAAAUUGGUUUGGGCUUGGAAGCUUCGAAUCGAUCCUUCGUUUGGGUGAUUAGAGACAUCUCGAAACCGGAGAAGAUUGAGGAAUGGCUUUCGGACGGAUUCGAUGAAAGGAUAAAGGAUAGGGGUCUUAUUAUCAGAGGGUGGGCCCCUCAGAUACUGAUACUAUCGCACCCGGCAAUUGGAGGGUUCUUAACACAUUGCGGUUGGAAUUCGACAUUGGAGGGCAUCUGUGCGGGUGUGCCCAUGUUAGCAUGGCCUCUCUUCGGAGAGCAGUUCUUGAAUGAGAAGCUCAUCGUACAAGUUCUGAGGAUCGGAGUCGAUCUAGGCAUCUCCCGGAGUGUUGCUGAAUGGUACCCGGACGAGAAGAAAGAAGUUUUGGUGGAGAUGGAAGAGGUUACGAAGGCUGUAGAGAGGUUGAUGGAUGAGGGAGAUGAAGGAGAAGAAAGGAGAAAGAGAGCAAGAACGCUGGGAGAGAAGGCAAGGUCGGCAAUGGAAGAGGGUGGUUCUUCAUACAUCAACAUGACACUUUUGAUUGAAGAUAUCAUCAAUCAGCACACCGAACGUAACAACACGGAAGUUAGUGUUCUUUAGAGAGGUGAAAUUGCAUGUGUAAGAGAAUUGAAAUUAUUCAAUUGCGUUUGUAAGGGUUCGUUUGGACUUGCCUUUGAAUAGCACGAAAUUCAGGUGCAGUUUAGCCUAUUAGUAUGUAACUUUA